AUGGAUCCGCUGUUAGCUGGAAAUCAAGGCGCGCUUCCUGAAGACAUGCAAUCAAUAGUGUAUAGUUUUGAUGACGAACUCACUUCGACAGAUUCGAUAAAUGACGAAUUAAUGGUCAAAUUGGAUGAAUUGCUGUCUUCGGAAGUUAAAAAAAGAAUUUAUGCAUUACACAGAUUCGCAUUAUUAUUUCCAACUCUGAGCGGAGAUACAAAAACACAAUUACUUUCUAAACUUCAGCAACUUCUUUAUAAGGAAGAAGAGAAGGAUGUCAAGAACCUUGCUAUCAUACUAUUGGAAAAAUUAAUACUUGACCAAUCAAUAGAUCGUGGAAAAAUACUUGAUAAUCUAAUUAAUCAGUGUUGUAAAGAGCGAUCUAAUUCGACUGAAAUCAAAUGUCGGAUAUAUGAAUCAAUUCAUGACAUUUUAAAGAUUGAAAAUAUAAAUUUCCAUCCUUCUUCAAUAAAUAUGUUGCAAUUGCUUUGCGUGCAAGCAAGUAACGAUCUAACCGAUUUACAUUAUAGCAUCCGAUCAGUGUGUAUCGGUUUGCUAUCAACGUUAUUACCCAUUAUUAAUAUGAUGGAAACGAAAGGUGGCCAAAACAAUUUAAAUGCACUAGAAUUUCUGAAUGAAAUACAAAUUCAAAAGAUGAUUCAUCGUUUUGGAGAGGACCCCGAUCCAAGAGUUCGAACUGCUGCGAUCAGGGCAUUUCUUCAUCUACAUCAGCGUGGUUGUAAACUAGAUUUGUCAUUAUACAAUUUGGUUUUGAGUACCAUUUAUCCUCAAGAAAUGAGAAAUUAUGUGUUGGAUGAUGGCGCAAUCCAAAAUAUUCGAUUACUAGAUGAUGCUUUUACCAAAAUCUGCGAUAUGGUAAAUGACAGAUCUGUAAAGGUCAGAAGUAAGGCAUGUACUAUAAUGGGAAGCUAUCAUCAAGUUGAUGAAUCGAUUCUUCUUGAAACAUUAAGUCAAGAGAUUAUUACUCAUGGAAAGUCUUGGAAGCCUAUUACCGGACACAGUAAAAGCAAAAAACCUAGGUUUAUUCCAACUCCUGAAGGUGAUUUAGAUGUAGAAUCAGCAGAAUUGCGUAUUUUGAAAUCGAGUGCUUGUGGUGCAUUUAUUCAUGGUUUAGAGGAUGCAUAUCAGGAUGUUCGUAACGCAGCGAUCGAUUCGAUGUGUCAACUAUGUGUGCAUAAUGAAAAAUUUUCGAAACGAUCAGUUGAAUUUCUUGUGGAUAUGUUUCAGGAUGAAAUUGAUUUCGUGCGAUUGAAUUCCAUCAAAAGUCUCCACAAGAUAGGCACACAAUAUCCUAUCGAAUUGGAUUCUGAAUUAUUGCAAAUUACACUUAGUGUGCUCAACGAUGCAGAUCCUAUGGUUCGGGAAUCGACACAUGGAAUGUUAGGAGUUGCGAAGCUAAAAUCAUCUGAUUUAAUACCUAUUUUUAUUAAAUCAUUGUUAGCUAGUAUGGCUAGAUAUCCAGAAGAUCAAUUGUCAAUUUAUCAAUGCUUUGGACAUGUUGGAUCUACACAUGGCGAUUAUAUUGAGCGUUUUGUCCCAAAAUUCUUCAAAAUGGAAUCAAGUUAUAUCUCCAAAGAAAUCAACCAAAAUGCUCCUGAACAUGUUGGGCAUUUGAUUCUGGCAUUCAAUGCGUCAAUUUCAAAUCCCAAGAUAUUGUCUAUGCUGCCUGCAUACACUAGUCGGCAUUAUGAAUACCUUCGCAUCAAAUUUCCACAAUGCUUUCCAGAUGUUAAGUUUCCUGGAGAGACACCCAAACAAAGUGCUCAAUCUGCGAACAAUGAUGAGCACAUACAAUUAUUUAUGGAAAAUACAAUAAAAGCUGUUCUUGAAUUGGAACAUUUAUUCAGGGUUAGGGAUUUUAAGGCAGCAUUGCGUAGCAUUAAAUGUUGUAAAAGCAACUUGAAAUAUAUAUCGCAUGUACCCAUGUUUUCUGGUAAUGCCAAAUUUUUCCUAAAAUAUUUAGAAUGUAUAAAGGCCUUGAUCAAAAUUAAACAAAGUUAUAUGGGAGUGAAUUCUAUAAACUCAGAGACAGAUACUGCAGUAAACUUGUUAACGCUUUCUUAUGUUAUGGAAUACGGCUUUCUGGGACUUGAGAGUUCUGCCAGACAAUUUUUGGGACACGAACUUCUGAUGGAUGAAACGUGUCGUAUUCAAAAAAAACUCACGCAGGUCACGAUGGAGCCUACAAUCACUAACAUAACAUCUUUGUUUGACUAUAUCUUGGAUUUCAAUAUUUUAGAAAUUGGCUUCAAUAAUGCAGUUAAAUGUUCCGAAGCUACGAUAAUACGACCAGUUUCUAAUCCCAAUCCGGCGCCUCCAAUAGACUUCCAAUCCCAGUUUCCUCUCACAAUUAAUGUUGAAGCGGAAGUGAACAACGUGGAUGAUACAAACACUUUAGCUGUUCAGAUAACCUUGCCGGAUCAAUCUAUUCAACAUUUUCGUCCUUCACCAGCUGAUUUGGUAGCGACACAACCGAAUAACUAUCAGUUAAAAACUCAAAUCGAUAUUUCUCAAAGCGCUUGGACAGGUCCAUCUUAUAUCCAGCUCAAGGUAGUUCGCGACUUUCAGCCUGAUAUUCCUGAUUUGGAUUUGGAUAAGCACAUCAUGCGGACAGAAAGUACAUUGGAUCUUUCAGAUUCAAUUGAAUUUUACAUAUGGCCGAAAGAUUCGUCUAAUUGGGUGCGAGCGUAA